GUCCGAGACGCUUAGCUUGGAUGAGGCGUAUUGGCGCCGCGAUUGCCUUUGUGUGACCUUCGGUAUCGGUUAGAGGUCGCUCUGAUACGGGACAUUGGGUGCCACGCAUUGCUGCAGCGCCGCACGCGCCAGAAAGCUGCGAGCAGCUACGGAAGCGAGCGAAGCGCGGCGUUACGAGGCGCGCGGCGAUAAGAGUUGGCCGCAAAGCUCUCCACCGAUUCGCGGCGUCGUGCGACGCCGCGCCAGCACGCCUGAAGCGCCGUCGACGGCGUGAUGGCCGCGCCGCCGCCGCGACGAAAGCAACUCUUGACGAAUGCCCAAAUCACCUGGUGCUCCGGCACGGUUUCUGGUUUUUGCGCGACCUUCGCCAAGCAGCCCAUCCAGCGCGUGAAAUGGAUCCGCCAGACGUCGUCGGAGCCGGUGGCGUAUUCCACCAUAGCCAGUAGGACGCUCCAAACGCAGGGCCUGAGCGGCUUCAUGAGCGGUUCUGCUGCCGCCGUAUACCGGAACGUGCCUCAUAGUGUUCUGGUCUACUCGCUGUAUCCCCACGCCGCGAACUUAACAAAAAAAGUGAGCGGCGGCCGCGAGGAGGUGUUUAUGACGCGGUUCUGCGCGGGCUACAUCACGAUGGUCGGCGCAACAUUGGUAACGCAUCCACUUGAUACGUUACGAGUACGUGUCAGUGUGCAGCCCGACAGCGCGACGUACUUGCAAACCGCGAGACGGGUAUACACCGCGGACGGCGUGCGCGGGCUGUACGGCGGGUUUGGCGCGACACUGAUCGGUGCCGGGCCGCGCGGCGCGAUUGGCUUUGGCGUCUUCGAGACGCUCAAGCCCUAUCUCGCGCGGUACGACUACUUCCGGGAGAAUCCUUCUGUUUCGAAGGUAGUGUGUGGCUACCUCGCCGGGCUGCUGAGCGAGUCGUUCAUUUAUCCAUUGGAUACGGUGCGACGGCGGCAGCAGGCGUUAGGAGCGGCAUCGCCGAUCGGGCGGUUGGGCGUCUUGGCCGCCGUGGCGUCCAUCUAUAGGGUCGAGGGCUUCCUGGGCCUCUUCAAGGGCAUCUCGCUGAACCUCGUGAAGAACCCCAUCGGCACGGCCAUCUCGUUCACGGUCAACGACCACGUGAAGGAGUGGCUCGGGUACGAACAUGAGGACGCGGAGGAUCUGGGGAGGAAGCCUACCUCGAAAACAGGGAAUAUUUCCCUUUGAUAUAUCGUCGUGUAAAUUAUUAUUUGGUCG